ACGUAUCCAUAACAGUUUUUCUAUCCGGAUUCAACAGAACGCAACGAUUCUUGUCAAAAUUGCAAACAUGCUAAUCUAACGAGCAAAAUUUGCGGGUGAUUUUUUUCUUUCGAGGCGUGGUGCGUGUAAUGUAAUGUAAGUGGCGUGUUGUCGUUGUUCAAAAUUUUCGUUUGAGUAUCCAGAAGAAGAAGGGGGCGCGCUACAAUGGCCCGAUCUCGGUCGAGGUCCGGCUGUCACCGGAUCCCGAUCAGCUCCUACUGCGGCGGCGGUAGCCGGCGAGGAGGCAGGAAGAGAAGCAGAAGAAGCAGAAGAAGCAGAAGCAGGAGCAGGAGAGGAGGAUGCGGCAAGUCCAGGAGGGGCAGCAGGCGAAGGAGCAGGAGACAUGGAAGAAAGCACGGAAGACGUGGUCGCCGCUGCGGUAAAUCCAGAAGAAGGAGGUCCAGAAAGAGAUCCAGAUCGAAGAAACGAUGUGCCCGGCCCGGACCCAAGACUCGCAAUCCUUUCUUGAAUUAUCUACGAGUUUUUAGGAAAAAGCAUUGCGGAUGGCCUCAGUGCAAGAUCGCCAUAGAAGGUGCCAAAUGCUGGUGCAAGUUGAACAAACAGGAGCGCCAGAAGUUCUACAAUGAGGCGUGCAGCAUGCAGAAGGGUCGGAGGGGCCGGAAGGGCAGGAGAGGCCGGCGGCACGGGCGCAGGCGCGGGCGCAGGCGGCACAGGUCGCGCGGGCGCUGCGGAAAGCGCGGGCGCAGCAGGCAUAGGAGCAGGCGCAGGCACAGCAAGAAGCACCAUGGCGGCUGCCUGUAGAGCGGGGCGCGUCGUCAAGAAGAGACCGCGCUGGAGUAUUCUUUUAUGUAUGUUGGAAAAUGUGCGAUCGGUUGAAUAAAAUGUGAUAUUUUUGGACAUUA